CACGCAACGAGCCUUUACCAUAUCCAUUCGCUACGGAAGAGUACUUCGGAAGGUGCAAGUGUAAAGGCGAGGCUUUUCUCAAGGCAAUGCACGAUUCCGAUGCGGAUGCUGGUAUACUCUUUACCCCCGUGCGUGCAUCGGCUGAAAGCGAAUUCAACAGUGCCGCAAGUCUGGCAACUUGGGGAUGGAAAGACUUUAAAGUUUCCCCAAUCUCUAUUGACUAUCAGAAGCAUUGGGCGAUCGACCACGUUCUGAAAGCUCUCGGCCUGUCCGAUAAAUCUGUCGCACUUGGGGGAACGAUUCAAGUGCACGGUGUCUCCCAUGGUGACGAGGAUCUUGAUGGUGGAGGGUUCGGUAAUGUUCCUUACGACGAACAGGCAGCAUAUAUUGUUGGCGAGAAGUCGUACAGGGUCUCUGGAUCCGAGUACACAUUCGGAAUCGAUCCUGCAGGAGUAUUGAUUGCGAUGGAUCGAAAGUCACCAAGGUUUGCAGGACAGGAACGCUAUCCUAAGGUCGAAGGUGACCAGUUGCCGAAAUUGCAGUCUUUUUCUGACGUUGCCUGGUCGAAAUGGGUGUCGACUGCUGGGAAGCCAACUACUAUGCGUUAUUUCCUGUCUCUAGCCAUCGGCAACUUUGAGACGCGUUCAGUCAUUGGCAAAAUCCUGAAUGAUGCACGGAACACGUGGCAACCUGCGUGGCCUGGGGUGACGUUCUCUACGGAUACUCCCCAGGGCGCGGCAUUGCUAGGCACCCCGAACGCUCUAGCUUUCAGUUACUUCCUCAUCCAGCACAAGUCCGGACUAGGCAAUCUUCGCAUCUCGAAAGUCACCAUCUUCAAGGAUGGUCGGAGGUUCGCAGACCCUUGUUUGCUGUUCCACGUCGAAGCGGCACCCGUACUACCGAAGGAACCCGAAAAGGCACGGAGCCUGGAAGCUCAGGGUUUGAAGCAGACAUCUGUGAACAGCUAUGUUCGACGACAUGAUCUGCGAGCUAAGUUGUAGAUACGAACGGUCUUUCGAGAUGAUUUGAUCGAUACAUUCAUGUAAGAUGUUUAGAUUGUAUCGAGGAGUGAGGUAGCGUUGCUCGCAUGCGCGAUAGAUGGAUCAGGAGAAACACCAGGC